ACGCACUUGUCCCGGUUAGCCAAUCACCGGGCGACGACACAGGCGCAAACAGCGCUAAUCUGCUAAAGCCGGCGGAGCCGACAGUCCAGCGGCACAAGUGAACGCAUCUCGGAGGCACCUGGAGUACGGCCGCCUGCCCGACUGUGUUCGGCUGAUUGGAAAGAGCCGAGGCGCGUGCGCGCGAGCGAGCGAGCCUCCGCCGAUCUCGUCCGAAGAACAGACCCCAAGUCCAACUUUAUCGUCGCUUUGGGCUUACACCAGUCCGCAGCACGUGACCAUGCUACAGAUGCAACGCUUCUUGUGUUCUCGGUUACAGAUCAGAAGCUCCGGGACGCGAAAGAAUUAAAACGUGUUGACACAUCUUCUUGCCUUUCCUGCCCUUGUCGAACUAACGUGUCUCGCUGCGAAGGCUGUCACCCCGGUCCAUCCUGAAAUACCUAAUCGCUAUCCUGCUCGCCGGUAUGCUUGCGUUUCUUGCCGGAGUGGUCUGCUUCUUCGCUUUUGGAGGGGGAGGCUCCGUGACACGGGCUGAGGAGGAGAAAAGUGCCCGCUUCGUGUGCACCUCCAUCCCCAUUGAAGCUGACCCCAGCUGCCCUCUACCUCCGAUGCCCAUGCAGAACACGAGUCCGCAAGAGGACGACCUCAGGGCUACCGUCAUCCAGCUGCGGGAAACCAUACUGCAGCAGAAAGAAACCAUCGUCAACCAAAGGGAGACGAUCAAGGAGCUCACGAGCAAACUGAACCAGUGCGAGAACGGCGAUCUCAAAGGCAGCCAGGGGGCCCGAAGGAAAGACUACAGCAAAUCUGGGAAAGACACCAUGGGGGACCUGCCUCGGGACCCCAGCGAGACCAUCGACCAGCUCGGACGGACCAUGCAGGCCCUGAAGGACAGACUGGAGAACCUCGAGCAACAACAGCUGAGAGCCAACACGUCCGGAGCCUCCUUCCCUAACGAACUGAGAGAUCUGCUCCAGAGGCGCCUGUCCGAUUUGGAGAAUCAGCUGUUGAGUAAAGUGGCCGAACUGGAAGAUGAGAAAAGCCUUCUGUACAACGAGACCACCGCUCACCGCCAGAGGACCGAGAACACCCUCAACUCGCUGCUGGAGAGGAUCACCGAACUGGAGAAAGGGACCAGCGGCUUCAAGUCUCCCGAGGACUUCAAGGUUUCCCUCCCGCUGCGCACGAACUACCUGUACGGCAAAAUCAAGAAGGCCAUGCCGGAGAUGUACGCCUUCACGGUGUGCAUGUGGCUCAAGUCGAGCGCCAGCCCCGGGAUCGGCACCCCGUUCUCGUACGCUGUCCCCGGGCAGGCCAAUGAGAUCGUCUUAAUCGAAUGGGGCAACAACCCCAUUGAGCUGUUAAUCAAUGACAAGGUGGCUCAGCUCCCCCUGACAGUCAGCGAUGGCCGGUGGCACCACAUCUGCAUUACUUGGACAACCCGGGAUGGCCUUUGGGAGGCAUACCAAGACGGAGAGAAGCUGGGCACAGGGGAGAACCUGGCCCCCUGGCACCCAAUUAAGCCUGGCGGCGUGAUCAUUCUGGGUCAGGAGCAGGAUACCGUCGGAGGGCGCUUUGAUGCCACCCAGGCCUUUGUAGGAGAGAUCAGCCAGUUCAAUAUCUGGGACCGGGUCCUGUCUGCCCAGGACAUCAUGAAGAUGGCAAACUGCACCUCCAACAUGCCUGGCAACGUCGUGCCCUGGAUCGACAACAACGUCGAAGUCUUUGGCGGGGCGACCAAAUGGGCACUAGAGACCUGCGAGGAGCGCAUCUUUGAAUCCUAACUGCAAACCCUGAACACUCUCCAUUAAAAGAAGACAAUCGUGUAAA